UUGAGUGAGUGCACCUGCAGUUUGGGGAAGAUUGCCUUUUUGCUGCGCUGUGUACGUGUACUGACAAGAUCAAGAGUUUAAAAACCGCAAGAAUGCCUGCAGAUUGGUCUAAUGGCUUGUGUUCGUGCUUUCAGGACUGCUCCACCUGUGUUAUGACGUACUUCUGUCCCUGUUACACCGCCGGUAAGACUGCCGAGGCAAUGGGAGAGAACUGCGUGCUUCAUGCCAUAGCGUGCUACCUCCCUCUCGUCGGCAUGAUUUGUCGCUCCAAGAUAAGGAGCAAGAUUCGUGAGAGCAAGGGUAUCGAAGGAUCUGGUUGUGGGGACUGCUUGAGCGUCACUUUCUGCUCACUGUGCACGCUGGUUCAGGAAGCAAGGGAAGUGAUCGACCCAGGAAGUCAAACUAUGGCCAGGGAAUGAUUAAACUGAGUGACAAAAGACUGAAGAGCUAAUAUAUUAUAAAGCUGAAGCUAGAACGUUAUAUUAAGUACUGUAUUACUGGAAUAUUUUGCGGCAUCAAACAUAUGCGAACUUUGCAA